CUCGACUGAUUUGAGAACUUAAUAUAAUUUUAAUUUAACACUCUAUGUUUGAAAAAAGUACUACAUAGGUCAAAAUACAAUUACAUGAUAAGCUAAGCAAAAGUAAAGAUGGAUUUUAAAGACCUAACUUAUUGUUUAACAGAUGACGAAGUUCUUGUGCCGAAAGCAAAUGUUUGUUUUUGUUGCUUAACUGACGGUAAAACAUUAAUUGAAUUUCGAUUGUGUAAACACCGGAUAUUCCUUGAAAAUCAUUUUAAAGAAAAGUUGAAUAUACAAAAUCUAUUUGUGUGUGUCAAAUGCCACAGUUUCAUGAAAAAGAUCAAUCUGUUUUUGGAGCAAGUGGAACAGAGCUACUCCAUGCUAAUGGUAAAGACUCCAUAUAACAAUGUUAACAUGACUAUGAAUCUCGUAAGAAGCAAAAUUGAAGUGAUAUCAACCUUAAAUGAUGUAAAUGAAAUAAAAAUUGAACCUCUCACUGCUCGAAUUGAAAAUGAAAGUAAAAUUGAAAUUAGGCUUGAAGAUGCACACAAUAUUAGCAAAGCAGAUAUUAGUAUGGCAACACUACAGAGUCUUAAUGAACCUCUACAGGCCGAUCAUCCUGAAGAAAUAAAAGUAUGUGAAGGUAUUGAGGACUGCUUCGGAGCCAAACUAAAGACAACAUACCUCUCACGGACAGAACUUGAAGCCGAGAGAGAGCUAGCAAAAACGCAAAGCAAGUACACAGCGAAAUUGCACAAAUGUGAAAAAUGUGUGGUUUCAUACGAUAAUGACUUGCAUUUGAGAAAUCAUUUGCUUUUGAGGCAUAAUGAGAAAAAUCGUUACAAGUGCGAAAUCUGUGACUGUACUUACGACACAGAACUCAAAUUGGAGACGCACACCAGGAGGCAUUACCUUAGAUUCGAAUGCUUAGAGUGCAAUAAGCGGUACGUGGACAGGAAAACGGCAGCCAUACACUGCCAGGCGAAGCAUUCGGAACGUGUCGAGACGUAUAGUUGUGAUUAUGUCCAUUGCAGCUAUGAGACCAAUUCUCUUGCCAGUCUGAGGUAUCACGCAUCGAAACACAAAGAAGAAUUCUGCGAAUUGUGUAAGAAAACGUAUCCAUACGGAAGACUCUGGAAUCACAUGAACUUGGUACACGGAAACGUUGCGAAGAUCAAAUGCGAUCUGUGCGAUAAAUCUUACAAGCAACGUUCGGCGCUCGCGAUGCAUCGCCUAUCCGCCCACAGUGGGGACGGUAGUCAGGAAUCGUACUGCGUCGACUGUGGGAAGUUCUUCUGUAACAAAUACAGUCUGGCCGUUCACUUGAGGGAGCAUUCCGAACAUGUGGGUAAAAGAUACGAAUGCGAUGAUUGUGGAUUGAAAUAUUAUACGAGACGAAGCAUCGUCAGGCAUAUAACGAGUGCGCAUUUGGGCGGAGCAACCGAGCAUAAGUGUCCACGUUGCGACAAGAUAUUCACUACAGCGCAUCACAAACGGAGACACAUGAGGCUCAAACACGAAAGCAAGAAGAGGCCCCGGGAUAAGAUAUGCGAGAUUUGCGCGCGCAGCUUCACGUCUUCGAAAAUGUUAAAGGCGCACAUACGCACGCACACCGGUGAGUGCCCGUACGUUUGUCCGGUGUGCGAGGCCACUUUUGCUCAUUCGGGCACGCUGUACAACCACAAGCGGCUGGUGCACGGGCGCGGAAUGGAGAAAUGAACGAAGAAAUAAAUCGACGUUUGGUUAAUA